UGUAAGUCAAUUAAGAGUCAUGCGCAAAGUAACUAUUUUUAUUUUAGUUGCAAUAGGUCUUGUUGCUGUUGCCGGGCUUGGCGUUCUGAUUUGGUGGUUGGUGUCCUCUGAUGAUCCGCCCUAUGAAAUAAUAGAAUUGAAGGGAGAAAACAUAGGCAAUGUCAGCUAUACGGCAGCAUUCACAAGAGUACGUGGCAAAGGUGACGUCUUCUGGUGGUUUUACCCAACCCUUGCCGAGACCCCAACUAAAAGACCUCUGUUGUUAUGGUUCCAUGGCGUCACAGGGCUCCCAGCAAGCUUCCUCGCCAACUUCGGCAUGUUCGGACCGUACGACGUGCAUCUCACUAAGAGAAAUGAUUCCCUGGUAAAUGACUAUAAUUUACUAUUUGUCGAUGCCUCCAUUGGGACCGGCUUCAGUACAGCCGAAUCAGAAGAUAGAGAUCUCCCAAGUUUAGAUGAAAAUGUUGAGAGUUUGUGGAGAAUGCUUCAAUCAUUUUACGAUGUACACAACGAGUACCGGGAAUCUCCUAUUUACUUAUGUAGCAUGGGAGACGGAUCGCAUUUAGUGAUCCCUUUAGUUACAAAGUUAGCUAUGGAAGAUAACGUGUCUGAUCAAAUCAAAGGAGUUAUUUUAGGCAAUCCAGUUAUUUCACCAGCCUUAGCGUUAACGAAACUUGGAUAUUAUUUGGAGGAACUCGCUUACAUCGAUGGGAGAGGUAGAACAGAAAUUGAAAGUUUUUCAAACCUUACGUACUCGCUUGUUCAAUCAGAAUCUUUUGAGCGGGCGUUUGAUCAGUUUUCAUCCAUAGACAAUUUUGUUAAUAACAACGCCGGAGCCGUUAGCGUCAAUUUAAACUAUAUUGUUGAAAAACUUACGCGCGAAUCAAAUAGGGAUUACUUUGGACAAAACAAUUACGUAAACAGAAUACUUGGUUUAAGUCAAAACGCUUCUGUCUUUAUGGACACUGUAGUUAGACCAGCCCUAGGUAUCUCAAAUGAGAUAAGAUACGACGGACAACGGGAAAAAGCUAUUCAAGCGUUUAAGAGCUCUUAUAUGAAACCUAUUGUUCAUGCAGUUGAGCACAUUCUUAAUGAAACAAAUGUGAACGUUACUAUUUAUAACGGCAACUUGGAUGCGGUUUCUAAUACUCCAGGUCAGUGGGAGUGGAUCCGAACUCUGAAUUGGCAAGGUCAAGAAGAAUUCCUAAAUCAGACAAGGAGGCCAAUGGUAUUGAACGGGUUGCUGGAAGGAUAUUCUAGAAUAACCGAUAAACUGCGAUUCUAUUGGAUAAACGUAGCUGGACUUAUGGUUCCACUGGAAAAUCCUGUCGCUUUUAAGUCACUUUUGCAUUUUGCAACGUCGUGAAUCUUUUACUUUUAAAAUGUUGGCAACUAUAAAUAUAAUAUUCACUUUAAA